AUGAGAGUAUGGUUCAUCACCGGGUCCUCCCGCGGUCUUGGCCUCGCUAUCGCCGAAGCUGCUCUUAACUAUGGGGACUCUGUUAUCGCUACUGCUCGAGAACCGAGGCAACUCACGCACUUAGUCGAAAAAUAUGGCCCCGACCGAGUCUUCUCUGUUGCCCUCGACGUUAGCGACAAUGACAAAGUCAUCCAAGCUAUUAAGACCGGGCAUGAGAAAUUCGGCCGAAUCGACGUCGUUAUCAAUAAUGCUGGAUAUGCGAAUACGGCCGCUAUCGAGGACAUCGACAUCCACGAUUUCCACGAUCAGAUUAACGCCAACCUUAUGGGCGUAGUUUAUGUCUCUAAGGCAGUGCUCCCCAUUCUUCGUCAGCAGAAAUCCGGUCAUAUUAUACAAGUUUCCUCAAUUGGUGGACGGAUGGGUGCACCUGGUCUCUCUGCCUACCAGUGUGCAAAGUGGGCUGUUGGUGGAUUCUCUACCGUCCUUGCCCAGGAAGUGAAUCCAUUAGGCAUCAAGGUUACUGUGCUUGAACCUGGUGGUAUCAAGACCGAUUGGGCCGGCUCGUCAAUGCAGAUCCCUCCACGGUAG